GUCGCCAUCGCCAAUGGAGCUACAAAUGAUACAGCUCCGGAGACGGGUCCGGUGUGGGGCAGCAUCAUGACAUCCAUCAAGACAUGGAUUGCGAUCAGCAAUUGACCCUCUUCUCACCUUCGAUCCAGGCUUGACCAGCAGUUCCCGCCAAAAUGUCCGGAGAAUCACGCCUCUACACCUUCUCGCAAGAGACAAAGGACAAGCUGCGCAAGUUCCGGCUCAGCACGUCGCGAGCGAAAGAUCCACAAGCAGUAAUAUACCUGAUUGACAAAACGACGAUGGAGAUCAAGCAAACCGAUACUGAGGUCUACAAGAGCAUGACGGAGCUGAGCGAUGAGCUGCCGGACAAUUCACCGAGAUAUGUGUUGUUGAGUUAUCCGUUGACGAUGGCAUCGGGACGUUUAUCCGUACCAUACGUGAUGAUCAACUAUCUCCCACCAACAUGUUCGCAGGAGAUGCGCAUGCUAUACGCUGGCGCAAAGGAGCUACUCAGGAAUCAAUCUGAGGUGUCGCGCAUUAUCGAGAUAGACUCUGCGGAUGAUCUGGAGGAGAUUGAGGAGAGGCUGAAAGGCGAAGAGUGAGCUUCCGGGCCCCGCGCUUGCAAGAGUGCAAACAGGUUCAGCGAAGCACGCAGCUUGCAGGGU